UGACAGCUUGAAUUUCAAUUUGCAAUUUUUCUUAUGUGUUUGCCGGAUUGUAUAUAAAACAUUAAAUUUAUUUCGUAACAGCAUUUAAAUAAAUUAUAAUGUCGCCGGAAGAAACAAUAGAAAGAUUAAAACACUUAGGUUUAAGUGAACAAAAAGCGAAAGAAACGCUGAAAAAUGCCAACGUCACGAAGUAUUUACUGAUUGCAAUAAACGAGGUGGAUAUCGCAAGUUUACCAGCAGGGGCGGGGAUGUUGAUUUACCAUCUGGCGACUAAAAUCAAGCCUCAAAUCGCCGAUAAAUUAGGUUUUAUUUGCGAUUAUAUAAAAAAUGGCAAGCUUGACUCGACGCUGCGUGUAGACGCAGCCCUGGAAUACCUCCUUAAUAAUGUAAAUGAAACCAAAGUUGAUAUUAGCAGGUUUGAGAAAGCUUGUGGUGUAGGUGUCGUAGUUACGCCUGAACAGGUCGAACAGGCGGUCGAAAAACAUAUGGCUAAAUUUAAGGAAGAGCUGCUGGAAAAAAGGUACAGAUUCAAUGCUGGCAUCGUCAUGCAGGCAGUUAGAGCUGACCUACCAUGGGCUGAUGGAAAGGCUAUAAAGAAUGAGGUUGAUAUACAGAUAUUUGAUCUAUUAGGACCAAAAUCUGAAGCAGACCUUGCUCCUCCUCCUAAAACAGAUAAAAAAGGCAAAAGUGGAGAUGCUGGAAAGAAACAGAAGAAGGAAGAUAGUAAAGUGACAACAGCAGUUGAUAAGUGUGAAUCGUCAGGUGAUGUUGAUGGUGCAUCGUCUAUUUCUGAAUUAAUGAAAAAAUUGCCAUUUCAUGCUCCUGGAGAAAAUUACAAGGCCGAUGGAUAUGUUGUUACUCCUGACACUAAGAGAUUGUUAGAGGAACACUUAAAAAUGACAGGAGGAAAAGUAAGAACUAGGUUUCCUCCUGAGCCAAAUGGUAUUUUACACAUAGGACAUGCUAAAGCCAUUAAUAUUAACUUUGGAUAUGCGGCUGCCCAUGAUGGUGUUUGUUUUUUGAGGUAUGAUGACACCAAUCCUGAGAAAGAGGAGGAAAAAUUCUUUGUUGGAAUUAGGGAUAUGGUUGAAUGGCUUGGGUACAAGCCGUACAAAAUCACUCACUCUUCUGACUAUUUUGAUCAACUUUAUGAAUGGGCAGUUCAGCUGAUCAAGAAGGAUCUUGCCUAUGUGUGCCAUCAAAAAUCAGAGGAAAUUAAAGGAUUUAAUCCCCCUCCGUCUCCUUGGAGAAACAGGCCCAUUGAGGAAAGCUUACAGUUGUUUGAGGACAUGAGAAAUGGAAAAAUUGAUGAAGGGGAAGCCACACUCCGAAUGAAAAUAACCCUAGAAGAAGGUAAACAGGACCCUGUAGCAUAUAGGAUUAAGUUCAAGCCUCACCACCGUACUGGCGACAAGUGGUGCAUUUACCCUACAUACGAUUACACUCACUGCCUUUGUGAUAGUAUUGAGCACAUCACACAUUCUCUUUGUACUAAGGAGUUCCAGUCAAGAAGAUCUUCAUAUUAUUGGCUUUGCAAUGCACUUGGAAUCUACUGCCCAGUGCAGUGGGAGUAUGGCAGAUUGAAUGUGAAUUAUACUGUGGUCUCCAAGAGAAAGAUUGCUAAGCUUAUUGAUGAGGGAAUAGUUAAUGAUUGGGACGACCCCCGACUGUAUACAUUGACGGCUUUACGUCGCCGGGGGGUGCCGGCAGCAGCUAUCAACAAGUUUUGCGCGGGUCUGGGCGUCACCGGCGCUCUUGGUGCCGUCGACCCGACCAUGCUGGAUGCCGCCGUCAGGGACGUGCUCAAUGUCACAGCUCCCAGGGUGAUGGUGGUUCUAGAGCCACUAAAAAUCACGCUAACGAAUCUAACCAUGGAUAGAGUCGAAGUUACAGUACCGGACUUCCCCAACGAACCCGACAAAGGUUCUCACAAAGUGGUGCUUAGUAAAGUUAUCUAUAUUGAGGCGAGUGAUUUUAAAGAAGAGCCCGAGAAAGGGUAUAGACGUCUGACACAAUCACAGUCCGUUGGUUUAAGACAUGCUGGAUAUGUCAUUAAGAUAUCCAAAGUACUUAAGGACAAUACAGGAAAAGUUACUGAUUUGGAAUGUACGGUAGAGCCUACAGAUUCUGCAGAGAAACCGAAAGCCUUUAUUCACUGGGUUUCCGAACCAGUGACAGUCGAAGUCAGAUUAUACCAGCCUUUAUUUAUACACAAAAACCCCGAAGACCCCAAUGAAGUUCCAGGCGGAUUCUUGUCGGACUGUCGCAAGGACACGCUGCAGAUCUUGGAGGCGUUUGCGGAUGUUUCCAUCGCUGGGGCUAAAGUAUACGACAAGUUCCAGUUCGAGAGGGUCGGCUUCUUCUCUGUUGAUUCUGAUUCUACUAAUAGCAAAAUCCUAUUCAACAGAACCGUGUCCCUCAAAGAAGAUACAGGGAAAUAAAUAAAAAUAUAUAUAUACUCAUAACUAGUAUUUAUUACAUAAAUGUGUCGUGUAUUUACGUAAAUAAAAUUUACAAUUUAUUGUU